GCACAUUAUAUUCUUCCCUUUCGUGACUGUGUCGCCGUCUCGUUUGUUCUGACCGCCGUGGAGGUGGUGGUAUUUUGCCGUGGGGCCUGCUACCCCAUCCAUCAUCCUCAUCAACCCCGUGUUCCAUAAUCUAAAUUGCCCAACAAGCCGCAUACGGCUUCUCGACAACGUGCCUACGUGCCUACCCGUACUGACAACCGACGUGGCCAUCUGUCUCAUCGGGGCUACCAUGGCAGGCCAAGCAACGUCAGGACCGGCAAAGCUCAAAGCCGUAAAGGAGCUCGUGAAUAAGCUCACGGAGGAUCUUGACAGCAUCACGUUGCUUCCGCCAGAACGCGACGAGGCACUCGAGCAGCUGAAAAUAUACGGUCGCGACCCCCGGGACGCCGAUCCCAUCUUCACCCAGCAUGUCCGUGAUGCAACCCGAUCGUGGGCACGCAAGAAGCUGAUACCGAGCAGGGAAUCACAAUGCUCCUCAAGCACGCGUUCUAUAGCCCGUCAACAAGUACCUCCAAAGCGGCUCUGAGGGUCUUGGCCAACGCCAUGCUUCUGAAGCCCGAGACGAGGCAGAUCUUUGUGGAGCAGGGUUUCGCCGAAAGAGCCUGCAAGGAACUCAAAGUAGACAACUGGGACAAUGAGUUUCUCGUAUCUCGAGUCCUUUUUCUUGCUACGUACGGCACGAAACUGAGCCUUGUCGACCUCAUCGAGCAGCACGGCCUUGCCGACAGCAUCAUCGACAAUCUGAACCGCCACGUCAAAGUCUUAUCAAACAAGCCGAAAACUAAGAUUGAUUCAAUGGAGGAAAUGGCCCUUGGAGAGACCUUGAAGCUCAUGUUCAACGUGUCUCACUUUUGCAAGGAAAAGGCGUCCCUUUUCACUUCGGCCGUCCCUCACAUUGUGGCGCUUUUGUGGAAACGAGAUGUACCAAAGGAGAAGCAGCUUGAGCCGCCCUUCGGACCCCUAGUCAACGCCCUGCUCAAUCUCGACCUAAAAGCCGACAAGAGUCAAACAGCACUGUACCCAAAGACGGAGCCGACCAGAGUGUGUGCCAGGCUGGUGGCUCUGCUGGACGGGUCGAUAAGGUCUUACCCAGACAGCGAGCUCGAAACGGUGGUAACACCUCUGGUCAGCUUGAUCAGCAAAAUAUACGGUGGCGCGCCAGACCCCGUGCAGCAAUACUUGCGGGACAGCCUUCUUCCGACAGCAAAGGAUCGAGAAGCUGUACUUGGCCGUGGCGAAACGCUGUCGGCCAAGCUGCUCACGAACUCGACAAACCCAAUGGCGCCGGCGCUUCGCGAGGCCAUCUCUCACCUCCUCUUUGACCUUUCAAGCAGGGACGCGUCCAAAUUCGUCGAAAACGUCGGUUAUGGCUUCGCAUCCGGGUUCCUUUUCCAGAAUAACGUGCCCGUGCCAGCAUCCGCGUCGGAGGCGUUCAGCACGGGAGACUCACGUGGGGCGCAGAAAACAGUGAACCCGAUAACGGGGCAAUUCCACGACAAGGAGAAGCACGUGGAAGGGCCAGAAAUGACCCAAGAGGAGAAGGAGCGAGAAGCGGAGCGGCUGUUUGUGCUUUUCGAACGGUUGAAGCGGGCAGGGAUCAACGUUCAGAAUCCAGUCGAGGCGGCCGUUCAAGAAGGCCGUUAUCGGGAGCUGGGUGAUGAUGAAGUAGAGGAGCUCGAUUGAUGUGAAUUGAGUGUCACAUUGCCUGGGCCACGUCACAGGCGGCGGCAGCCUGUUGGUGACAGACUCGGGCCACGGCUCGCAAAGCAUCUCCGGCGAGCGUUCAGAACGUGCUGGGCACCGGUUGAGGUGUAAAAUCAUCGGACUUUGCGAGAGGUGCCAACACAACACAUGUAAAUGUACUCUAAACUCAAACAUGAGAACACUACCGGACAGCGGGGUGGGGGCUCCCGGCAUCGCGACUGGAGGCUCAAGCAUGAAACGCAUGUUGUCUUGGUAGAUCGGCUAAGUAGCCCAUGUAAUAUCGCAGGCGAUAAAAGUCUUGAUGAAAGGAGCGAUGUUGGGCUGAGCGUUAGCUGGAAUACUUGGUCGGGGGCUAUGAGCAUCUGAGAUCUUGAAGUACGGAGGCCAAGCCGCUAUUCGUUGUGGCAGUUGCGACCGGCUGGCAUCCGUGCCAGUUCCUGCCGCCUGCUGCUCGCUGAACACAUGACCCUUAGUAUGUCUACUAAUGUGUCCCUCUACAAGCAAGCAAACUCUUAUCUUGUAAACCACCUCACCGC